AUGGCUAGAACUAGAUCAAAAGGGAUUACAUCAUCCCCAGCUGCUUCUAAAGUAAAAUCAACAACUACAUCUCCAAAGAAAACUAAAUCAACAAAAGCUAAGAAAGUAGAAAAGAAAGUAGUAGUUGAUGAACAACCAGUUGAAGAAGUAGAAGAACAAGUAGACCAAACCCAAUCAGAAACAAUCAUCCCUUCAGAAGUUUCAACUAAAGCCAUUUCAGAAUUAAUUAAAUAUGUUGCUAGAGAAAAAGAAUCUAAACAACCAAAUAAACAAAGUUUAUUCGAUGAUGAAGAUACUUCAGAAGAUAAAUUAUACGUUACCAUAAAUUCCAAGAAAUAUCUUUCUGAUAAACCCCAAUUCAAACCAAUUUUAAUCAAAUUAAAUAAUUCAAUUUAUAACCAAUCAGAAUUAAAAACCUGUUUAAUAAUUCGUGAUCAAUUAGUUACAACUAAUGAACAAUUAGAAUCCCUUGAAUCAGAAAAUUUAUCAACUAUUGAACAAAUCUUACCAUUAACCACUUUAAAGAAUGAAUAUAAAAACUUUGAAAAACGUCGUGAUUUAUAUUCUUCAUAUGAUUUAUUUUUGGUUGAUGAUGCUUUAUUAAAUUUAAUGCCAACUUUAUUAGGUAAGAUCUUUUACACUGGUAACAAAAUACCAGUCCCAAUUAGAAUUACUAGUACUGGUGGUAAAGCCAAGGAAUUAUCAUUGGUUACUUUAAAAAAUCAAAUUAAUAAAGUAUUAGAGAGUACUGUUUAUUUACCUCCAAUGGGAUCAAAUGUUAGUAUUGUAAUUGGAUCAAUUAAAUCUCAUACCCAAGAACAAUUGGUUGAUAAUUUGAAUAAAGUAGUUGAUUCAUUUAAUAUUAAAACUGUUAAGAAUAUUAUGUUGAAAACUACCAAUUCUCCUGCAUUACCUUUAUAUUAUACUGAUAGUUUAUUCGAUGAAGAAAAUGAUGUUGAAAAGAAGGUUAAUAAGAAGGUUGAAGAAGAAGAAGAAGAAGAAGAAGUUAAGUUGUCUGCUUUUGAAAAGGGAUUAUUGGAAUUGGGUGAUGUUGAUUCUGUUUCCAAGAUUAUUGGUAAGAAAUUAGGUGAAAAGAAUAAGAAAAAGAGAAAGGUUGUUAAAGGUAAAGUUUCUAAGAAGUAA